GAGAACAAAGGCAGAUUAUUCGUACAGAGGAAAGGGCCUGGAUAUCCUAAGGAACAGUCCUGCAUUCCAGGCAACGUGAUGCAUCUCGUGGGACACUCUGAGGAAGUGACUUCACUUCCCUGCCUGCAGAUUCUCAGGUGCCAAAUUGAAGAGAGGGAGGAUGAAAGAGCAUUCAUGGAGAUCCUGGGCUUUUCCACCCCUCCAGGCCGGCUCUCCAUGAUGUCCUUCAUCCUCAACGCCCUCACCUGGAGCUGACAUGGACCCAAAUCCUCGGGCAGCCCUGGAGCGCCAGCAGCUCCGCCUUCGGGAGCGGCAGAAAUUCUUUGAGGAAAUUUUACAGCCGGAGACAGAGUUUGUCUUCCCCCUGUCCCACCUGCAUCUCGAGUCACAGAGACCCCCCAUAGGUAGUAUCUCCUCCAUGGAAGUGAACGUGGAUGCCCUGGAGCAGGUAGAACUUAUUGACCUUGGAGACCAGGAUGGAGCAGAUGUGUUCUUGCCUUGUGAGGACCCUCCACCAGCCUCCCAGACAUCUGGGCUGGAUGAGCACCCAGAGGAGUUGAGCCUUCCAAUGCCGACGCCAGACAGGACUGCAUCCCGCACGUCCUCCUCAUCUUCUGACGACUCCACCCACCUGCACAGCCCAAAUCCCAGUGACGGCGGGGCAGACACGCCCUUGGCACAGUCUGAUGAGGAAGAGGAUGGGGCUGAUGGAGGGGCAGAGCCUGGAGCUUGCAGCUAGCGGUGGGCCUCCAUCUACAGACUGACCGAGCCGGCUCUUCUCCAGGAGACCGUAGGCCCAGCCAGAGCCCUUCAGAGAAGACCAGACUCUUUACUUGCAGUAGGCACCAGGGGGAGGCAAGGACAGUGGGAUAACGCACCUCUCUGGGAAUUAACCGUCCUGCUUUACUGCUAACCUUUCCUGCUACAACCCUCCCACCAGUUUUUGGCUUCCCCCUGAGGUAGGGCUUACAGGCGAGGAGAUGGGAGGUGAGGCAGGACAAGAUGCUACUGCUUUCCCUAGCACCCCUCCCUCCCCCACACUAUCCUGCCAUCUCCUGAUAGUGUCUCCUAAACCAGUGUCUCUAAGUGGCCGUGAGCUCCUUAGCAUGCCCUGAGUAGUGGUACUCCAGCUGUCCUGCUCCCCCCCAUCCUGUUUGGGAAAAGGGCACAGUAUAAAUAAUAAAAAAUAAUCCACCAACCA